AUGACACAUGUUUUUUUUAUUAUUACAGGUACAUCAAUUGCAUAUACUCAUUCUGUGAGUGCAUCAAGUCAAUCUGUGAGUGCAUCUAGUCAACAUGUGAGUACAGCUAGACAAUCUGUAGUUGGUCAAUCUGUGAGUGCAUCUGGUCAAUCUGUGAGUGCAUCUAGCCAAUCUGUGAGUGCAUCUAUUGAAUCAGUGGUUCUCAGUCGUUCUACUACUCAACUACUGGACACUGUGCGUACAUCUAGUCAAUCUGUCAGCGCAUCUAGCCGACCUGUGAGUGCAUCUAUUCAAUCUGUGAGUGCAUCUAGUCAAUCUGUGAGUGCAUCUCGUCAACCUGUGGUUCUCAGUCAUUCCACUACCCAACUGCUGGACACUGCGCGUGCAUCUAGUCAAUCUGCGAGUGCGUCUAGUCAUUCCGUGAGUGCAUCUACUCAAUUUGCGAGUGCAUCUAGUCAACUAACGAGUCCAUCUAGCCAAUCUGUGAGUGCAUCUAGUCAAUCUGUGAGUGCAUCUAGUCAAUCUGUGAGUGCAUCUCGUCAACCUGUGGUUCUCAGUCAUUCCACUACUCAACUACUGGGCACUUUGCGUGCACCUAGUCAAUCUGUGAGUGCAUCUAGUCAAUUUGUGAGUGCAUCUAGUCAACCUGCGAGUCCAUCUAGCCAAUCUGUGAGUGCAUCUAGUCAAUCUGUGAGUGCAUCUAGUCAAUCUGUGAGUGCAUCUAGUCAAUCAGUGGUUCCCAGUCGUUCUACCCAACUGCUGGACACUGCGCGUGCAUCUAGUCAAUCUGCGAGUGCGUCUAGUCAUUCCGUGAGUGCAUCUACUCAAUUUGCGAGUGCAUCUAGUCAACUAGCGAGUCCAUCUAGCCAAUCUGUGAGUGCAUCUAGUCAAUCUGUGAGUGCAUCUAGUCAAUCUGUGAGUGCAUCUCGUCAACCUGUGGUUCUCAGUCAUUCCACUACUCAACUACUGCGCACUUUGCGUGCACCUAGUCAAUCUGUGAGUGCAUCUAGUCAAUUUGUGAGUGCAUCUAGUCAACCUGCGAGUCCAUCUAGCCAAUCUGUGAGUGCAUCUAGUCAAUCUGUGAGUGCAUCUAGUCAAUCUGUGAGUGCAUCUAGUCAAUCUGUGGUUCCCAGUCGUUCUACCCAACUGCUGGACACUGGGCGUGCAUCUAGUCAAUCUGCGAGUGCGUCUAGUCAUUCCGUGAGUGCAUCUACUCAAUUUGCGAGUGCAUCUAGUCAACUAACGAGUCUAUCUAGCCAAUCUGUGAGUACAUCUAGUCAAUCUGUAGUUCCCAGUCGUUCUACUCAACUGCUGGACCCUGCGCGUGCAUCUAGCCAAUCUGUAAGUGCAUCUAGUCAACCUGCGAGUCCAUCUAGUCAAUCUCUGAGUCCAUCUAGCCAAUCUGUGAGUGCAUCUAGUCAAUUUGUGAGUCCAUCUAAUCAAUCUGUGAGUGCAUCUAGUCAAUCUAUGAGUGCAUCUAGUCAAUUUGUGAGUCCAUCUAGUCAAUUUGUGGUUCUCAGUCGUUCUACUACUCAACUACUGGACACUCCUGUGCGCGCAUCUAGUCAAUCUGUGAGUGCAUCUAGUAAAUUUGUAGUUCCCAGUCGUUCUACUACUCAAUCCAUGAGUUCCAAAGCUGCCCCCACACCAACAACAAGGGAACCUUUAAUUAUCGAAGUUUCCCUAACGUUCGUCAACAGAAAAUUUCAUGAAGAUCUUCUGAAUAAACAGAGCUUGAAAUUCUUAGAAAUGAAGGAGGAAGUAGAGUUGCAAAUCAAAAUUGCUUACAAGAAUACUACGGGCUUUAUAUCAGUAACUAUUUCAAGUUUUCGCCCUGGUAGUAUUGUUUCUGUGGGACGUCUGUAUUUUGCAAACUCGUCAAACAAAGAUGUUUCUCAAUUGGAACAGACUCUUUCUGAUUAUGGAACAACUACUGGUGAAUUUACAGUUUCCAAAUUUGAUGAAGCAACCGGUGAUGAUGAUGAUGAUAGAUUAGAUUGGUGGCAGAUUGGUGUCAUUAUCGCAGGAGUGGUGGUAUUUAUCCUAUUAAUAACCGUUGUCGUGUUGUGUGUAAGUAUUUUUAUAAUAAAUGUUCCCUGUUUGAAAUUUUGUUUACACAGACGACUAAUAUCGCUGUUUCUUCUUGCUGGGACAUUCUUUUCACUAAAUACCUCGCGACUAACGUACAUCAAAGUAAAUAUUGUGAGCGCUAACUGAUAGGCAAUACUCAGAUGAAUAUGUUGCAUACUUUACAGGUUGAAGAAUAUAAAGAUCACCUUGUGCAUGUAAACGAUUACAGCUUUUGCGAAGCUGCGAUUUCUAGGGGAUUUUCCUCUUCUGUUGCAUGUGAACGAGUUAUAAAUGUUCAGAUGAGGGUACAUAACAUUCAUAAAAGGGUCAGGACAUUCACAACUCAUCAACUCGUUCACGAGGUGGAAAUCGUACCAGAAGUCGCAGCAAAAAUUGCUGCACGCGUGUAAGCCGAGACAUAUCGGACGAGAUUUGACAACGCAGCAUGAUUUUUCGAUUUUUAACUACUGACCAAUGUUUUUCAAGCAUUUAGAAACGCUAUAAGAUUUUGAGUUACUUGGUUUACAUAUCUUUAAAAAUUUAAAUUGGAAAAUCGCGCGCAUUGUUAAAUCGCGUCUGGUGACUCUCGACCUUAAAGGUUCUUUCACACUCAUUACAAAAACCAUCUCUCAAGCUCGUUGCGAGUGCUUGCAUCUAAAUAAAAUAAAUUUUCGAGUAUUGUGAUAAAAGCACUGGUAACGAGCUUUUGAGUUCACUCUUGCGAUGCAUGGAAAAGAAGACAGUUUAAACGUGAAUAACUUAGCGAGUGCGACACUUUGAUCACAUAUCUGUUAGGAACCUAAUAAUUAGUACAAGAUAUCCAAAAAAAGCACCGACAUUCUCUCUAGCUUUAACAUAAAUAUUAGAUAGUUAAACUGGGCGAAAUAACUAUAUGGCGUUAUAUUAAUUUUUUAUUGUUGUUUGACUGGCCAAAAUGCUCAAUCAUUUGCCGAAUUGGAUCACUUAUAUGUGAGCGAAACCGCACCUUAACGGUUGGUUAUUUUGAUCAAUCAAAUAUCAAUAGAUUAAAUAAAAGAACAAGAUCGUAAUCUAUCCAUUGUAAAACUCUCAAUAUUGUAUUGGAGAUAAGUUCUAGUAACACCGGUUAUAUUAUUUACUUCCUACAACCUUUUAUUGGGAAAUUAAGUGCAUGUUAUUAUGCACUUUCGAAAUAAUUGUUUUAAGAAAUGGCCACUCGUUAAUGAAACACAGAAUGCAUACUGUAUAACUACUGUAAUCUGAUGUUAUCAAGAAAUGAAGAGAAUUACUGUAACAUUACAUAAGGAAAAUUCAAAACAUUAUUGAAUAUUUAAUCCAAGUUUUUCUUUUAAGAACAGAAAGUAAUACCUUAAUACACCCUUACCUUAAGGCUAUAAAAAGGCUCGUUUUCGUGUAUGUGAUAAAAGUUAAAGCUCGGCCACGAAAGCGAGGCCACAUCGCCAUCUGACGCACUUUCCGGUAUAGGGCUUAUUUCCCAAACGACUAUUUUUAUAACAAUAUUGGCAUAGUUUCUCAACUCAAUAACUAAGCAUUCCCAAAUCUCAUGUUCCACUAGCGCAAGAUCUCAAAUACAAAAAAGAAAGCAGAAGGCAACAUGUCGCCAUACACUGGCCCUUUUUACCAAAACAUUGGCGAAGACGAAGAAAUGAAAACCCUACGAGCAUCUCCAUCUAAAAUAAAUGCUGGAAUGAAUUCCACGCUUGGAAAUGAUGACAUGGAAUCUGGUCAAAGGGUAAGUUCAAUAUUAUUGGCAAAUGUUAGGUCAUUUUGCAAUUAAUUAUAGGUAGCCUACAGUAUAUAUAAUAAUUAUUGCGUAAUUAAUAUCAGGAUUUCGGGCAUCUCUUUCGGGCAUCUCUUUCUCGGCUUAGACAAGGUUUAUUUUUAAAAUUAUUUGGCCAAUGAACACAUAAGAUGGGUAAUUUUUUAAGUACGAUGAAACAUUCCUCUCGGACUUUUAUCUGAUGUACAAACUCUCGCCUUCGACUCCAGUUUGUUAAUUUAAUCAGAUAAAGAUCGGCUGCUCAUAUGCAGACAUGUGGUUAGAGCUCAACAACUCUCUCUAUAUGUACCUCAGUUGGUUAGAGCGCUGCAUCGAUUCACAGGGCUAUACAACUCGAUUCCUGCUAGAGGGCCGUUAGUUGCAUUUUUGCAGCUUCUCUUGGUUAGGUUUGCAAAUUGCUGUUUAAAUUUUUUCAUUUUAUCAAAAAAUACUUGGGAAAACUGAAGAACUCUCGUAGCGAAUAUAAAUAGAUGCCAAACUUUGUUUGGACGUCGUAAUGGCCAAGAGCAUCGUCUAGGAUAAAAAAUAUUGAAUAACGACUUUCGUUUCCUUCUUAGAGUCUAAAUAUGUACUCAUCUACGUCUUCAACCGAUGGUCUGGUGAAUCAAACAGCUUCAAAAGUUGCAAAGGAUAAUAUUGGUGCUGAGGUAGUGCCUGAAAGUGAUUACGUCACUAUAAUGGACGCUGGUGUUAGCGCAGGAGAUGUAGUAAAACUUUAAUAAACAUUGCACAUCGCAUGUUAUCCUUUCUUUCUUUUAUUAUUUAUAAUCGUGAGGCACAGUAGCGUUUGCAAUCAAAUCCAGGUAGUAAAUUAGUUUUCAAAUAAUGACAUGCAGUAUUUCAAGGUUUUUGGUCGUUAUAUCGAGAUUACGUGGUAAGGUUGCUGAGGCUGCUAUCUCUCAAUACGUUUUUGACUAAAACAGUUCAAAAAAUAUAAAUUAUUCUCGCUUAGCAGCAAAUGUCAGGAAUGAACCAGGAGGGAAUCAUAAUCUUACGGGAAAUAUGCAGUAUCGAUGCCCAUCAAAAAUUCCAUAUAACAAUAACGACAACAAAAUGAAAUUUUGUAAAGUUUCCGGCAACUGACGCAGUUCACCUUCUUUUGAAGACAUCUUAGUUAUCUUAGUUUUUGUUCGUCAAUACGUUUGCUUUGUCUUCUUGUAUUUGUGAUUAAUUUAAUUUAAUUGUUAUGUUUGCUUUAAUUUUAAAAUAAAUAGAUAUAAGUUGUUCAUUUUUGGAACCCCGUUAUUGGAGAACUAUAUCUGCGUGGAAAUUCCAGUCAUUUGUAACUAUAGUAUUCUAUAUAGAUCUAUUGCAAUGGCAAACUUGUAAAAUAAAAUAAAAUAAAUAACUACGAUGUCUUGAGUAAAGUCCAUACACAGACGAACACGUUUUUGGCAUGAAAAAAUUUCUUUGACAAGUUUAUGUUUUCGUGUGUAUACGGUCAACAGGUUUUCCUUGAACGGUUUCCCUUGAUAAGUUUUGCUGUUCGUGUGCACGGAAUGGGUUAACCAUUACCUCAAGCCAAGGCUAUGCAUGCACCUUAUGUUUGCCGAAACCACGGAAGUAUUUUCUGUGCAUUUGCCAACUUUCCCUUGGCGGCCGCUCACUCAAACAAAUUCAGUUCCUUAUCCAAACCCUGGCAUGGCUAGAAAAAGUGUCAAUUUGUUGCCAUAACUACGAGGCGGGUUGAAGUCAAGGAAAACUUGUCGAGGAAAAUUUGUCAAGGAAACUUGCUCGUCUGUGCAGGGUUUAAAAGUUAACGAAUUUUUAAUUUAUUCAUAAUACAAAGCUGUAAUUUAUUCAUAUGGUUUUAGAAUUUUAUUUCUUAUUAGAAGACGAGGUUAAUGUUAGUUUCCAAAUGAAACUUUACAAAAUUUCUUUCUGUCAUGGAUAUACUGGAACUCGAAUUUAUUAUCAUAAAAUAUUUCAACAACUUUAUAUCCUUAAACUUUAAUCAAAUAUACUUUCAAGUUCACGGUUCUUAAACAAACUAUACAAACUGGGUAAAAUAGAUUAAGUUUCUUGCACUGACAUUUAAUUACAUAAAUAAUCACACAUUUUCGUUGGUCAAAAUACAUGUUAAUAAUUAAGCGUCCCAUAUACAGUGCGCUUUACAUGAUUAAAAUGUUGUAAUUUAUUUCUUCUAAUUCCACUCCGUUAUUGUAUUCAACUAUAAG